AUGGUUUCUCUUCUCUCGGCACAGCACCGAGCCCAGCAAACUGCAGGGGGGAAGGCGGGCUGCUUGAGAUGCCACGUCUCAUCCCCUUCAAACAGUUCCAAGGGUGUAUGGAUCGUCCUUCUUUUUGGAAUCGGCUGUGUGAUGGAAAGCAUUAGCUGCCCGAAGGAAUGCACUUGCCAGUAUCUGGCUGUGAACUGCACAGGCAAGCAUCUGGAGGAAUUUCCUUCCGCCAUCCCCCUGGACACCCGGCAACUGAUUUUGGCACAAAACAAGCUCAGCUAUUUGCCGUCAGUGGAGCUGAACUUCCUCAGCGACUUGAUCUACCUCGAUUGCAGCGGCAACACACUAGGGGAGGAACUGGACUUCACCUUUGUCAGCAUCAUCAAGCUGAUCUACUUGGACCUCAGCUUCAACAACCUCACGCAAGUCACAUUUGGGACCUUUUCCCAGCUCAGUAGCCUGGUGGUGCUAAAACUCUCAGACAACCCCAGCCUGGUGGAGAUUGAGAAGAAUUCCUUUGCCAACAACACCUGGCUGAGGCACCUGGACAUCAGCCGCUGCAGCUUGGCGUUCAUAGACACGAGCACCUUCCGGGAUCUGCCCAACCUGAGAAGCCUUGGCUUAAGUGGGAACCCCUGGUUUUGUAACUGCUCCUUUGUGGAACUGUUCGCCUGGAUGAAAGGGAGUGGAGUAACUUUUCUAGACGCAGACAACACCACCUGCUACAGCCCAGCUUUCAUGCAUGGCUUAAGUAUGCUGGAAGAGGGCCCAGAACAGCUCCAUUACAAGUGUUACAUCCAUUUUGACGACCAAGAUUACCUCUUCCUGGGUCUGAUUGGCUUCUGCAUCUUCUCGGCCGGCACAGUGCUGGCCUGGCUCUUGGGAGUCUGUGCAGUCAUAUAUGAAUUCCUGACCGCCAGUGAUGAGGAUGAGGAAGGUACUCCAUCUCCGAAUCCUCCAGAAGCAGCCCAGGUGAGGAUUUGUGGAGGAUCAGAGGGUCCCAGCACUGUAGAGGUACCAGUUGAGGAUGUACGAGUGGCAUCAGAGUCCACAUUGUCAGAGCCUGCCAGAGACAAGUUAGCUGCUAGGCCUCUGCUGGGCAGGACUUGA